AUGUGCCCAGACAAAGAUGUCGAGCCAGCGACUGCGCUAAAAUUGGCGCGCGCUGAGAUCAAAGAUCUCCAACGCGAGCUAGCCGUCCGCAAAGAGAAGCACUUGGAAGCUGAGCAGGUGAUCCGCAAUUUGCGUGAUGAGAUGCGCAAACAGGAGAUCAGUGCCAAUCAAAAGAUUGCGGAUGCCUCGGCUGAAAUUGAGCAUCUUCAAGAGAAACUCGAAAAAUUGGCGGAGAUAGGAAAAGAGGUCGCUGAGGCAUGGGAGGAGUUGAAGAAGUCGGAUUAA